ACAGGAGACAAGUUCCUGAUUGAACCCCAGAAUGCUGGAGUUAGUGAACUCCUGGUGAUAGACAGGAUCUCACAAGAAAUAUCUCUGGAAGCUCCACAGUCUGUGUUACCUGGGACAGACACAUUCAAACAGCAGAUCUAUGGAAUCUUUGGUGUGGUACGACUCACAGCAGGGCCUUACCUAAUUGUGAUUACAAAACGAGAGAAGGUGGGAGAGAUCGGAGGUCAUACAAUAUGGCGGGUCAAAGACACAUCCAUGUACUCAUAUCAGAAGACCAUGCUUCAUCUGACAGAGAAACAGAUCAUGGACAAUCGGACAUACCUUUCCAUGAUUGAGCUGGCCUUGAAAACAGAAAGUUAUUACUUCUCUGCGACAUAUGACAUUACACAUUCACUACAGAGGCUUCAGAAUACCAGCCCAGAAUUUCUCAGCAUGCCCUUACAUGAACGUGCAGAUGCCCGUUUCCUUUGGAAUGGCCAUCUGAUGAAAGAGCUGACACAACAACCAGAACUCGGUCGAUACUGUCUGCCAAUUCUCCUUGGCUUUAUUACCGUAAAGUCCUGUAACAUCAACAACAAAGCAUUCGACUACAUCCUCAUCUCUCGACGAUGUAUAUACCGGGCAGGCACACGUUUCUAUGUACGAGGGAUUGACACAGAGGGACAAGUAGCCAACUAUGUGGAGACAGAACAGAUAGUGCAAUAUAAUGGACAGAAGUGCUCAUUAGUACAGACCAGGGGAUCCAUACCCAUAUUCUGGAAACAACGACCAAAUUUGAAAUACAAACCAAAGAUAUCAAUAGACACAUCUAGUCAUCAUGAAGUAUUCCAGCGUCAUAUAGAGGACCAAGUGUAUCAUUAUGGCGAGCAAGUAGCUGUCAAUUUGGUGAACUCGACAGGAUCAGAGGGCCAGUUAGAAAAGGCCCUAUCUCAGUCUAUCACAAAGCUUCAACACCAAAGACUCAGAUAUGAAUACUUUGACUUUCACCAUGAAUGUCGAAAGAUGAGAUGGGACAGACUCACCAUUCUAAUAGACCGCCUGUCUGAGGAUAUCAACAGGUUUGGGUACUACAUGGUGGGUAAUGAUGGAGUAGCCAGUAUGUACCAGAAGGGAGUCUUCAGGACCAACUGUAUUGACUGCCUGGACCGCACUAAUGUUGUACAGGGCUUAAUUGCCAAGGUGGUUCUACAGCAACAAUUAGGGAGACUUGGGAUAAUAGAAACUGGACAGAAAAUAGACGACAUCACUACUUUCAAAAAGAUGUACAACAACAUAUGGGCAGAUAAUGCUGAUUGUAUAUCUAAACAGUAUGCUGGAACUGGUGCUCUGAAAACAGACUUUACAAGACUUGGCAAGAGAACUACCAUGGGACUGAUGAUGGAUGGCUGGAACUCUCUCAUCAGAUACUUCAAAAACAACUUCAGUGAUGGUUUCCGACAGGACUCCAUAGACUUGAUAUUAGGAAACUACAUUGUGGAGGAGAAUGAGGGCGUGAUUCACCCCACACCCUUACAGAAACAGCGGGACUGGAAGUUCUAUGCAAUUCCUGUGAUACUUGUGAUUGCCAUGGCGAUGUGUUUCAUCAGUAUACUCAUGCCUGACGAGGACAUGACAGAACAGUUUGUGUAUGUGCUAUUCUGGGGAUCAGCCAGCAUCAUUUCCAUGGCAACGAUAUACAUAUAUGGUGCAGCAUUCAUAGACAAUCCAAAAUUGGUUCACACCCGAUAAAUAUGGAUAACUUAGAUAGCUGUGUUACCUUCUAUUCUGGUAACUAAUGAAGAUUUUACAGAUUCAACAAAACCAGUGAUAAAUUAUCUAUUAACCUGUGGGUUUGGUGUUGAGGUUAUGAUUUGUGACAGUAUUCCACUUACCAAUGAAGCUAUUCUUGGAAAGUCAUUGAAAAUAUUUAAGGGAAAAAAAACCCACAAAAUUAUUAUUGGUAUAAAAAUUCAUGUCUAUAUUUCUCAUACAUGAGACAGAAAUCUCACACACUACCCGGUGCUAGAUUUCUGUAUCUUGUCUGUGUGGUACCUUUAUGUGAUAUUUGGCACUAUGUGAUGUCAUGAUUAAGAGACAUUAUAUUCAAUUGUCAUUAUGACUUGUAUACACUGCAAAGGGAGGUUAUGAAAUUAAGUUGAAGAAUUCAGGAACAAAACACUGGAAGUGUUAUGGAAUUUUGACAAUAUCAUGUACAAGAAAUAGAAUCCUUUACCUAUGUGUGUCUGAGAUUUAUAAACCUCUGGCAAGGGCAUUCUGUAACAUCUCAUUCUUGGCAAAUUACUUGUAUGUGUGUUUCAGACUGAUUUCCACAUACAGAGAGUGGGCUCUGUAUGCCAGGUAUAACUAAGAUGUCCUUCAGAAAUAUUAUAGAUGAAUACUACAUGCACAGAAACUUAUGGGACGUUAGUUUUUUUGGAUUCUAUUUGUAGAAGAUUUUGAAUUACUCGGAACAUCUUCUGUGGUGUGUGUUUUAGAUAUCGUUUGGAGAUAGUGGUCCCAGUGUAUAUAAUUUACACUAUUCUGUGAUGUUGUAGUGAAAUAAACUCAUAUGGAAAUAUUGUUAUUUAUUUUCAUAUGAUUUGAAAUUGUACAGCAGUAAGUGUAAAAUACUUACAAACAAUGAGGUGUCCCUCAUCUUCUCAAACAAUGUAUUGUAUAGUUUAUUGAAGGUGCUUAAAAAAGUAUGUUAUUAUAACAGUGUACAAUGAUAUCAAGUAAUUUAUUAAUUAAUCAGCCAGACCUAAUUAAGUUCUUCCAUUACACAUUAUUUGUCUGACAUUUACUUUUUAUGAUUAGUCCUGAUUUGCUGAACAGAAGUGAAUAUUCAACAUUUAAUGGAAUUUGUUGUGUGAUGAUAAACCCAAUUCUAGGAUAAAGGGACUGGACCCAAUAUUGAAACGAUGGUAAUUAUAAAAAGGUUGUAAUAGUUGAAGGGAUUUUAGCUUAAGAGGUUUAAAAGAUCCUUUGGUGUUGGACAAGGAUAAAAAGUUUUAAAAGUUAGUGGUUAGACCAACUCUUUACCAGUGGUUUUUGAAGCACUUCCUACCUUGUGGCUUUGAGGCAAGGUCUCUGCCCACCAUGUAUACUUUUUACCAUUCUCUCAACUUUUUUUUUUUUUUUUGCUUUUUUUUGUAUAUAAACAUAUAUCUCAAAACUUUUGUACAAAGACAAUGGUAUUUUCUAAUAGUGCAAAUUACAAAUAUUUGUACGAGACAGCGUGAUCACAAAAACAUCACUGAUACAGAUUUGUGUGAUACAUGGAGCAUGUUGUAUGACCUUCCAUUCAUACAACAUUAAUCAAACAAAUCUAAGAAUUUUUUUCAUUUUUACAGAGCCCAUGUCAAGGUUAAAUGAAUUUUUUUAUGCGUACCACAUAUACAAUCUAUAUGUACAAUUUUCUCAUUAUAUCUCUUUCUUUGUUGACCUUACAAUGCAUUCAACUCCAUGAAAUUAAGAUGUUAUAAUGGAAACAUUGGGAAACUACAGCCUCAUGACGACAUAUUACACAUGUGUACUGAUGAAAAACAUGUGAUGGGUGUUCAUAAAAUUAUCAUAGGAAAAUUAUUUUUAUAAAGUGUAAUAUCAGAAUUAUCAUACAUUUAUGGAUGUUUGUGAUGGUGAAUUAUGAUUUAAAUCUAUUUAUCCAAAACUACCAUGAAAAUACAGCUUGACACUUUAAGUUUUUCACUACUCUUGCUCUGUUAGAGGUUCACAGAUAUCUUAAUAUGGGUAAAAGGAGUGCCCAGUUAAAACAUACAUAGUACUACAAAAGAAUCUGUAACUUUUCACAUGUACUUGAGAUAUCAAAUUGUUACCAUCUUGGUAACCGGCAGGUGCUGUGUCACAUAUUAACCCUGAAUAUCAUGUGGUAUGACACUGAAAAAAAUACUUUGAUACUUUGGCUUUGUCAUUGUAAAAAUCAACUUUUAAGGUUCAUAUCACACGAUAAUGACCAUCUCAAAUGUCUUCAGGUGUGUAAAGUUUUGAGAAUUAGAUUCUGAAAUUCUAGGUUGGUAAUUUAUUGAUUUUUAAUACCCAGUUUCCAAAUAGAUCAUUGGUCCACCUAGGUAAAUAGGGUAAUGAUAUUGAGUUUUUUGUUGGACAACAUGCUGACCAAAUCAUUGUGUGUAAUGCAUGUAUUGUGAAGACCAAAUAUGAAUGCACAAUUCUAUAUACUGCAAAUGUACAGGUUGGGGAUUCCCUGGAAGGGUAUAUUAAGAAAUCCAUAACUAUCAAAGCAGUCUACAUGACUUAUCAAUGUCAUAUAGCAUUAUUUAGGAUCCAGGAUCACAAGAAACCGGUGUUUUGAUUUGUCUAAUUUUACAGGACAUUCUGACCUUCUGACCAUUGCCAUUUUUUUAUUCUUGUAAACAGAUAUUGCUUUUGUUUUGGGUGCAUAUUUUUCCCCAUUUCUAUAAUUGUCAUGAAGCAUAAUUUAUUUAUAAUUGAUCUCGUAUAGUCAUUAGUUAUUGUCGAGUAAUGUUAUAAUAUAACAUAGAUAUACUGUUAUACAUUUUCAAUUAGAUUAUACUAAUUUAAGACUGGAACAGAAAAUCUCCACUUUAUCAAUCGUGAACAUGACAAUGAAAGAACAAACUACAUGUAUAUCCAGGUAAUAUGAUAUUUUAUGGUUUUUUUUUGUCUUAUUUCAAAUCAGGUCGAUUGAUCCACAAAUAAGAGUUUUGUGUUUUGUGAAUAUUUGGAGGAUUUCUGGAAAUUUUAUGGUUCAUUUCAGAUCAUAUUUGGUUGUAAAAUGUCUGGGGCACAUGGUCACCUGUGAGUUGCUUGUCGUACUGAUAUAAUGAAAAGUCAUCAAAAUUGACACCCGUUUAUUUUGUUUUGGGUUACAUUGUGUGGAGGUGUAAGGUGUUCUUUGGUUAAUUAUGUGUUUGUGGAGAUGAUCUGUCAUGUUGAUUGAAUGGUGUUGUAGUAAACAAAGUAGAUAAAAACAACUGCAUUAACUUAACAACUGUUAGAGCACGUGUUUAUCAGGUGUGGGUCGGAAUGAGAUGCAUUCUGAUCCAAAUAGAUAUUUUGUUUUUCCAGUGUUUUAUUCAACGAAUAUCUGCUUUUUAAGGCCAAUAAAUUUGUAUAUCCUUGUACAUCCUUAUACAAAUUGGAAUAUGUAAAUAAAGAAAUCACGAGAGUGAAAUCUCUGUU